CGAGAGCCGUGUCAGUUCCCCGUCGAGCGCCCUCGUGCCGCGUGGCUCUCUUGCGUCUUGCUCCCCGAGAGUCAGAUCAAAAGUGAGCAAGCAUGAUGAUCUUCGGCGAUUCGACAAGAGAAUUAAGCCACGGGGCAUGCUGAUCACGGGCGGUCCGGAGCGGAUUAAAGUGCAAGUGUAUGGAAAAGUGACGAAAGACGGAGGGAAAGUGAACAGUGCAGACACGUGGUGGACACCACUUGAGCGUGACUCAAGAGAUUGUGCUGACGUGUUUAAUUUGAGGAGUUACCCUCAUGUGGCUCCAGCCGCACAGGUGGGGGUUGCGCCGGCACCAGCCGCAGCUGCAGCUGGCAGUCGUCCUGACUUGCCUUUUCUUCCUACAGCUGGUAUCGGCACAGAGCGGGGCCGGCGUGUCCUACCCCGACGAGCAGGACGGCGGCCCCUGGGACCCCGCUGAGGACUACGGCGAAGAGGAUGAGGAUCUCCGCGGCUCCAUCACGGCCAACACGGCGUUCGACGGCCAGGUGGACGAGGCCAACGGGCCUUGCUCGGACUACAAGCCCGGGGAGGACGACCUGCAGGCCUUUGACUUCAUCCGCAAGUUCCGCCUCGACCUGCUCGGCACCGAGUUUCCCGGGGUGACACGCGUCCGCGGCUCCAACCGCGUCCAGACCGCGUACCGCCUGGAGAAGGAGGCCAACCUCACCCUGCGCACCAGGGACAUCUUCCCCACCGGGCUGCCGGAGCAGUUCUCCUUCGUGUGCAGCUUCCGCGCGCGCAAGGUGCCCAGGACGUCCUGGCACCUGCUCCGGGUGACGGGGGCCUCCGGCGACACGCAGCUGGCCGUGCAGCUGAACCCGCACCGCGAAAGCGUCGAGCUGCAGCUGGCCGACUACCAGGGUCAGAUACAGACCGUCGCCUUCACCAACGCCGUGAAUGUCUUCGACAAAAACUGGCACAAGAUCCACUUCGGCGUGUUCCGAGACCGCGCGGUGCUCUACGUGGACUGCGAGGAGGCGUCCUCCGAGCCGUUGGGGCCGCGGGGGCACCUGGACGCCAACGGGCGCAUCUCCAUAUCCAAGAUGGUGGACAGCCAGCAGACAGUGCCCAUGGACCUGCAGUGGAUGGUCAUGAGCUGCGACCCACACCGGCCAGAGAGGGAGACUUGCGAUGAGAUCCCGAAAGUGCCCUCGAAGAGGCCGCCCACGUCCAUCGUCGUGCCAGCCUCGUGCGAAACCAUUUGUCCGCAGGGCCCACCCGGCUUGAACGGCUCCGCGGGUGUCGCUGGACCGCCGGGCCCCGCCGGGUUCCCGGGGCCCCAGGGCCUCACCGGCCUCCCCGGCCUGCGGGGCGAGCCGGGCCCUCCUGGCUUCAGCGGGCCGGCGGGCUUGCCCGGGCCCGCGGGGAUGGUCGGACCUAGCGGCCUGCCAGGCCCGCCCGGUAUCAAGGGCGAGCGGGGAGACAUGGGCGCCAGGGGGCUGACCGGAGAGAAGGGAGACCACGGCGAAGCGGGCUACCCCGGAGUGCCCGGCCCACCUGGACUGCCGGGGCUUCGCGGACCGCCGGGCGACGUGACCAGAGCUCCUCCGGUGAUCGGGCCGCCAGGACCCAUCGGCCCUGCAGGUCCCCCGGGUCCUGCGGGAUUCGAGGGGGGCACUGGCCCUCGUGGCUUCCCCGGGGAGCCAGGACUGCCCGGGGCGGCUGGCAGGGACGGCCUCCACGGCGAGAGGGGCCUCAAGGGCGAGCGCGGAGAGCAGGGGUUGAUGGGAUUGACCGGCGCCCAAGGACCACCGGGACUGCCGGGAGCGCCUGGCUUGCCGGGGGCGCAGGUGGAGGGAGAACACGUUCCAGGUCUUCCAGGUCCCCCAGGACCUGCUGGAGAGGCAGGCUUUCCUGGAUUGCCGGGUCCUAAGGGCAGCAAAGGGUCACAGGGAGACCGGGGCGAGUUUGGCGCGCGUGGAGACAAAGGUGACAGAGGCCCAGCGGGCAUGCCCGGACUGGACGGUCUUCGAGGAGAACCGGGCAGGGAUGGCCUGCCGGGGCCCUUGGGGCUCAAGGGAGAGCCCGGCCUGAUGGGACCAGUCGGACCGCAGGGCCAGCCGGGCCUCAUCGGCCUGCCCGGGCCGGCGGGCGUCCCCGGCCUCCCCGGCGCCAUGGGCUUCAAGGGUGACGCCGGGAUGCCCGGGGCGCCCGGACUGCCGGGCUCGGCUGCGGGGAUGGGUGAGCCGGGCGCCCCUGGCCGCAUGGGACCGCCGGGGCCCCCCGGCAACGACGGCCUCCGCGGCGACAAGGGCGACGCCGGCCCCCAAGGCCUCCAGGGCCUGCCGGGGCUGCCCGGCGCACAGGGCUUCCCUGGAAAGGACGGCGCGCCGGGCCAGGACGGCCUCCCGGGCCGCCCCGGCGAGCAGGGCCUGCGAGGCUUCGAGGGCGCUCAGGGCAUGCCCGGCAAGCCUGGUCUGCAGGGGCUCAUGGGGAAGCUGGGCCAGAAGGGAGACGCCGGCGAGAAGGGUGAGACGGGACCAGUCGGGCCGCGCGGGCUGCCCGGCAACACGGGCUCUGCGGGGCUGCCGGGCGUCCCCGGUACGAACGGCAUGCCGGGCAUGGAGGGCAAGCCGGGCCCGUCCGGCCCACCGGGACCUCCAGGACCCCCCGGGGAGGUCGUCCACGGGCCCAUCGGCUACCUGGAGGCCAGCGGCCACCCUGGCGCUGCGGGGGCCCGCGGGCCGCCCGGGCCACCGGGAGUGGCCGGCGAGCGUGGACCCGGCGGUGAGCGGGGCCCGGAGGGGGCGCCGGGGCUGCACGGCAUGCCGGGCAAAGAGGGACCUCCAGGCAUUCCGGGAGCGCCCGGCCAGCGAGGACAGCCCGGGCCGCAGGGGCUGGCGGGGCCGCCGGGUCGGACGUACACCGAGGCGGAGCUCAGGGAGAUAUGUGCGUCCGUCUUGCGAGACCAACUCACGGAGCUGACGGCGUCCCUCAUUGGCCCGCCCGGACCCCCGGGCAGAGGGCGCCCCGGGCGGCAGGGUUCACCGGGACCGCAAGGCCUCCAAGGCGAGCCCGGCCGGCCCGGGCUGCAGGGCGAGCGGGGCUUCAUGGGGCUGGCGGGGCCCGUGGGCGCGCCGGGCCCCCAGGGCGGCCAGGGCGAGCGCGGCGACAAGGGCGACCGCGGCCCGGAGGGCGUGGGGCUGGAGGGCCCGCCCGGCCCGCGGGGGCUCCCAGGACCGUCCGGACCGCCCGGGGUGGGCGUGCCGGGCCGCGCGGGUGACCGGGGCGAGCCGGGGCGCGGCGGCCAGCAGGGCCCGCGGGGCUCCCCGGGGCCCCAGGGCCCGCCCGGCUUCUGCGAGUACUGCAACAUGGCGCCCCCGCAGAUGCAGGCGGGCAACUACAAGGGACCCUGAGCGCGCCGCGGCAGCCCGAAGAGGCGGACGCGGGUUCACAGGCCCGAUAAAGAUGCAUUUUACGUCAAGACGCACAGUCGCCAUCAGCUGGAUACCUAAUUUGUAUUUUCUUGAUCUCAAGAGUUUCGGGCAGGAGAGGAGCCUGUCUGGUGCGCUGGCUAUGGUUUUGAGCAUUGACUGAAAAGAAAGCCAUUUAUCAUAUUGACAUAUAGUCAAUUUAGAGGGAACAUUGAGUUUGAAACUGCGACGAGCAGCAUGGGGCAACAAUUUUGAUAUUUUUCAAUAAAUUUAUUUGAAGGGUA